AUGCGACAUCAAUACGUUUGGUCUCCUGACAUCGUUCGUCAAUUGGAGACCAAAGCCUACAGACCACGUGCUCCUGACGAACAGUAUUCGUCAUUGCCGUUGGAAAAUGCUCGCUUAAUGAAGUCGGGAGGAUUCGCACUCCAUGACGGAGGCAGACAGGCGCUGCCACGUCUUCCCACCGAAGAGGUGUGCCUUUGCACCCCGGAGGCAUGGCAGCGGUUUCCAGAAACGAAGCUCGCAGUCGCGAACGUCGACACUGUCACAGCUUCCCUGGUACUGAACAACGCGUGUGCUCUGAACUUUGCAAAUGCGCUACGUCCAG